ACGCGCGCGAACGAGGGUCGCGCGCGGAGACGAUCGAUAGUCGGGACGCAGGACCGCUCGCAUCGAGCGCCGAUCUACCCAUCCCAGCGGGUAAUCGGGGAAGAUGAGCGCGAUGAGCUCGCUCAGCCUCGCCGGGAGCGCCCGCGUCCGGUCGAAUUCCGCAGCGUCCUCCUCCACCUCCAAGAGUCGGUCGUCCGUCGCCGCCCCGGCUCGCGCGGCGGUAUCGGACGGGAACGGCGCCGGCGAUCGGCCGGCGCCCGGAACGAAGCACGCCGUGAAGCUCGACGGCCCCAAGCGCGGCGAAGCGAUGCGUCGCGACGCGAUUAGCUAUCCCGCCUCCCCGACCGCGCCCGAGCGUGCCAAGAAGAGGGUCCCCGCCAAGAAGAGGGUCCCCGCCAAGAAGAGGGUCCCCGCGAAAGAGACGGAGUCGGCCCCCGAGCGAGCCAAGAGGCUCAUCGCGCGGGAGCAAGAGACCGCCCCCGAGCGCGCCAAGAGGCUCAUCGCGCAGGAGGCUGACCAGCUGAACUCGAUGGUGGUUCAGCUCCCGUCGGGCGAGAGGGUGACGCCGUGGUGGCGCAAGGGACCGAACCUUCGAAACGUCGUGGACGUUCGCUCAGCUGACGAGUUUGUCGCCUACUUGCACGAGGCGGCCAACCUCGACCGCAAGACGGGCCGCGCCAGGCUCGUCUGCGUGGAGUACUUCGCGGGAUGGUGCCACGCGUGCCGCAGUGUCCACCCCAAGCUGGGCAAGAUGGCCGAGAAGGAGUUCCCCGACGUGCUCUUCCUCAGGGUGCACAAGGACGACGUGCCGGAGCUGUGCGACACCCUCGGGGUGACCAAGCUGCCGUUCGUCCAGCUGUACAAGGGAGUCGACGGUUUAGUGUCGCAGUUCCCCGUCAGCGUCACCGCGUCCGCCCUCGCCAGGUUCAGGGGCGAGCUCAACCAGCACCGCGACGGCAACGUGUCGCUCACCGACGCGCACGACGGGGUGAGCAGGCUCGGCGUGGCGACGACGCUGCACGCGAGGGGAUGGCCCAGCCAUUACACCUCGGCGCACAAGAAGCUCAGGCACCGCGCGUUGAAGUACUACAGGGGCAAGGGUGGGGUCAAGGGCGACGGUCUGCCGCCGCCGGGGUGCCCGAAGGAACCCCCGGAGGGCGAAAGCGCCGGCGUGAUGUCGCGCUGAGACGCGCCCCGGGUAUUAAUAGUGUAGUCUGUGUAACAAUCGUAUGUAGUAUCGUUUAUGACGGUCAUCGCCUUU